ACGGAAUCGACAUGGUGCUAAACAUCAACAGUAGAAGGUCACGCUACGGUGCCGCCUUAUUGAGUUCUUGUGUUGAUAACAUCUUGAUUAGUGUCAUAGAAUGUUAUCGAGCAAUGAUUGAUAAAACGUUGGACAUAGACUAGGAAACAAAAAGUAGGCUAACAUUAAUAUUUUAAGAGCUUAAAAAGAAAAAAAAAUCCAACAGGCCAUUUCGGUUGUUGAAAUGGAAGCCAAAGAAUUGCAGACGUAUCGCGGUUUCAUAAAGGAUCAUUUCCAUUGGCUGCUUGGGUCUAGGAACGUGCACCACGACCUCUUCAGGAUGCUCCCACUUAGAAUAUUAGGUUACGGCUACGCAGUUGGUGUUGGUCUGAGAUUUCGCUUCUGUCAGAAUGUCCAAGACUCGUUCAAGGCGGUUGCCAUUAGUUUCGUCGUCUGCCACACGCUAAACAAAGUUCAAAACGAGAUGUUUACAACUAAACAAAUGGUCGUGGUGGCUGCAGACACUCUGGCCUUUGACACCCUGGCUUUCUUACUGCUCCCGACUUUGACAACGUAUUCUGUUAGCAGAAUGGUGCGAUCCUACAUCAAAAAACGCAAGCAUUAUUCUAAAAGCCUGAUGCACUGGGCGCCAAUUUUAGCAAGCUUGCUUGUGCUACCCAUCGUGGCGUGUCCACUGGAAGCGUUCGCUGAACGAAUCAUGACCACCAGCGUCAGGACACUCUACAGCCUUCCCGUCGUCCAUUAGCAGAACACUGAGCGCAUGUCAGGGAUCAAGAUUUUGACGUCAUCAAUAAAUGCUGUCUACGUUUCAGUCUUAAAAGCUCAGAGGUGGCGUUUUGAGGUCAAGCAUACGCCAGUGUGAAUAUAGUCAAAUAGUGUCAUCUUUAAAUUGUGAAAUAAAGGUCAUCCUAUGAAACGAAACAAAACAUUCUGAUGGUAAAAUAGAAACAAUAAAAUGUAUAUUUAUAAAUUCAAA